AUGGGAGUAACGCUUCGUAAGCGUAAAUACGAUGAGGAUGUGUCGGAUGCUUUUAGGGUAUUCACAGAGUCCAUAUUAUCCAAAAUGGACACUAUGAAAAUUGAAUUUGAUGACAAAAUAUCGCAAAUCAAUGACAGCAUAAACACCGUCGUGAAACAAGAUAUAUCCAAACUCAAUGAUACCAUUAUGGGGAAUGAAAUCAGAUAUUAA